AUCCAGCGCGGGGCAGGAGGAGCAGCAGAGAGGGCGCUGCCAGCCGGGGGGCCCCGUCCCUCCCACGCUGGGGCUGCUCCCGGCACUUGUGCUUUUGCUUUGCAUGUCGAGGGGUGGGGACCCGCCAGCGGCACCCACGGGCCAGGGCCCCCGUCUCACACCAGAGCAGCUCGCCCAGACGGCAGAGGCUGUGGAGGAGAAAGAGGAAAACCAGAAGCGAGGUCCUGCUCCGCGGCACUCCCAAGCCUCCCCCCAGAGGGCUGUGGGGCCACGUUCACUGCCAAGCUCCUGUGUUGGAAGAAGUGGCUGAAAUGCCUCCCAAAAGGUGACAGAGCUGCAGCUCUGGUGACAAACUGUUGACUGCUUCGGCACACGAUGAUGCAGGGUGUGGAUCCCCUCUCUGUCAAUCCUGCAACCGACUACAGUAAGGUCUGGUAACUUCUGGCAAAAAGCAUGAGCAAAGCACAUGAGCAGGACUUUAAUUAACUCACCCCAUAACAAAGCUCCUCCCCAGAGUGGACACGAUUGUCUGGUAAGCGAAGCCUCACACACGGGCGCCAGGGCUGAACCUUUUUAUUUAAGCACCGACCACCCGAGGACAACCUGGCUGCAGGACGCGCGAGGAACAUGUUACCAUGCCGAGGCUGAGCACGGAUCUGGAGCACAACCAUGACGAACAGUUCGACCUGCACUGAAACAGACCUCAAGCCCUACUACGCGAUUACGUACACCUUCAUCCUGAUCCCUGGACUAAUAGGGAACACAUUAGCUUUAUGGGUGUUCUAUGGGUACAUGAAAGAGACUAAAAGGGCUGUAAUAUUUAUGAUCAACUUAGCCAUUGCGGAUUUAUCCCAGGUCUUGUCCUUGCCCCUGAGGAUUUUCUACUACUUGACCGGGACGUGGGAAUUUGGAGGAGGUCUCUGCAUGUUUUGCUUCUACCUGAAGUACGUCAAUAUGUAUGCAAGCAUCUACUUCUUGGUUUGCAUCAGCGUAAGACGAUAUUUGUUUCUUAUGCACCCAUUCAAAUUCAGCGACUGCAAGCGCAUCUGUGAUGUGUAUAUCAGCAUCCUUGGGUGGGUCGUGGUCUGUGUUGGCUGUUUGCCUUUCCCCCUUCUCAGACUUCACCAGGAUGCAAAAAACACCUGUUUUGUGGAUCUCCCCGUAAAGGAAGUUGAUCUUCCCAUCUCCAUCGCGAUGAUGACCAUAGGUGAAUUGUUGGGGUUUGUAACACCCCUACUCAUCAUCGUAUACUGCUCGUGGAAGACUAUCUUAUCACUAAAAGAAAAAAAUUCUGCUUCACAUGACCUUGGGGAGAAAAAAAAGGCUUUAAAGAUGAUUCUCACCUGCGCUCUGGUAUUUCUGAUUUGCUUUGCACCUUAUCAUAUCAGCUUUCCACUGGAUUUCUUUGUCAAAACCAAAAAGAUUAAAAACGGGUGUGUCCAGAAGGUGAUCUCAGUGUUUCAUGUUGUAGCUUUGUGCCUUGCCAGCCUGAACUCCUGCGUGGACCCAGUCAUUUACUACUUUACUACAGAUGAGUUCAGGAGACGCCUUUCCAGGCAGGAUCUGCAAGACAGCAUUCAGCUCCACCACCUCAGUUACGUGAGGAAGCACUCCAGAGAUGAGCUCAGGGAGGACGCCAUGGACUGCUAACACUGGCCUUCCUCCAGCAGUUGCCAGGACUUCAAGUGUUCACUGGAUUUGUGGGUUUGGCUCAAUUUUUUUCCCCCAGGACACCGAGAGCAAUGACUUAGAUGAGCUUCUGCUGAUUUCAGUGCAGGCUGGAGAAAAACAAAGAACUCCCCCCAAAAAACAAAACCUGACCAAAAAUACAUUAAAACUUUGGCUGCAAAUUUUCUCUGAACAUAAGUAACACUGUGUAAUUCCCACAGGCACUGUACCUAAGUGGGGCAGCCAGGAGGAGGUAGCUUUGGUGUAGGAGGAGGACACGGACCCAUGGUGAGAGGCGAUGCUGUGUCCCAUUGUCACAGGUGGGGACAUUAAGUGGCCGUGUACUGGUCACGCAUCCUGGCUGCAGCAAAAGGCGGCAAAAAUUCUGGAGUCUUGCUAUGCAGAAAGAAUUUGAUCAUAAAAAUUAGUAUUAUAGACAUGGUAUUAUACAUUUCUGAAACAACAGACAAUCAAGCAGUGGAUCUAUGGAGCGCCCAGAGCUUGCCUCAAGCCAUGGUGACCACAGAGCGAGGAGCGUGAGGUGGCCCCAAAGGACUUGCUGCUUCAAUAACUACCCAAGCCUCCAUUCUGGGGUGUAGCAAACGACACACCCCCAAAUCACAAAGUCACUGAAGCAUCCAGACACUAUUUUUCUGCCAUCGGUUCCCAUUUCUGGCUCAAAAGCCACACGGUUUCAGGCUGUAUCGCUGCCUCGGAUAAGCUUUAACACGAGGCUGUGCUUCCAGGGGCUUUAUCCAGGCUAGACAUCCACCGAGGCUUUCGGGUCCUCGUUUCAACAGAGAUGGGGCAAAUUAUUGCCCUUUCACUAAUAACUGACCCUGUGCCAUCACACCUACUUUUGAUUAACAGCAGCGUAAUUAAAACACAGCCUGAGGAACCAAACCUUUCUGAAGUUUACUGUAAUGGGAACUCACUAUAAGCCACAGUCAAAGGUGCCACCCAACAGGCUCUGAAAGACUUUUAAGAAAGGCUAAAAUGUGGAUUUAUUUUUUUUUUAAUAAUAAUUUCUCUAAAAUCAGACAACAGAAAGCUUUGGGCUUGACUGGUACUUCAUUUGCACCUUCUUGAAAAAUUUAUUUUUCUGUGAACAUUUGAAGCGUUACAUUUUGAAAUGUAAAAAUACUGUGAUGGUAUUAGUUUUUAUUUAAUGCAAAUGUUGUUUUAUAGAUUUAAUUUAUAAAAAAUAUAUAUAUUUUGUAGAAAAAUGAUGUGAAUCUCAGAGAGUGUUGGAACACAGAAAGAUUUUUUUUCUUUCUAAAACCCCUUUUAUAUAAUAAAACAAAACUCCACCACCUCA